AUGCCGGCCCCAGGGCCGGAUGCCGCCCGCCUGGAGUCUGUCCGAGGAGUUUGGAGUGGGGGAGAGGGAGCCGUGGCUCGGGGCUGGGCGCAGGGGCCGGGGGCGGGGAUGGGGGCGGGCCCCGGGAGGCGGGGUCGGGGGUCUGGCCCUGGGCUGAGCCGGAGUGGCCGCCCUGCCGGCCCCAGGGCCCGAUGCCGGCCGCCUGGAGUCUGUCCGAGGAGUUUGGAGGGGAGAGGGAGCCGUGGCUCGGGGCUGGGCGCAGGGCUGGGCGCAGGGCGGCGGGGAGCGGGGGCGGGCCCCGGGGGGCGGGGGCGGGGGUCUGGCCCUGGGCUGAGCCGGAGUGGUCGCCCCUGCCGGCCCCAGGGCCCGAUGCCGGCCCCCUGGAGUCUGUCCGAGGAGUUUGGAGUGCGGGGAGGGUGCCGUGGCUCGGGGCUGGGCCGCGGGGGGCGGGGGCGGGGGUCGGGCGGAGCCGGAGUGGCCGCCCUGCCGGCCCCAGGGCCCGAUGCCGGCCGCCUGGAGUCUGUCCGAGGAGUUUGGAGGGGAGAGGGAGCCGUGGCUCGGGGCUGGGCGCAGGGCUGGGCGCAGGGCGGCGGGGAGCGGGGGCGGGCCCUGGGGGGCGGGGGCGGGGGUCUGGCCCUGGGCUGA